AUGUCCGACUUUAUCGAGUAUCGCAACCAGGACGCGCGGCUGGAACCCGCGUACCCCCGCCAGGCGGAGAGCUACGCCUCCGACGCCUACUCCCACCAACACAGGCCGUCCAACUCGAAGCACUCGCGGCGCACCCAAGCCAGCUACGCGAGCAACGGCACAUGGAUUCCCUACCCCGAUUACCCGCCCGCACCGACGCCCUACCGCGCGCACUCGCCCGGUCCUGCGUCGCGCGACACCCAGGCGAGCUUCGGCACCACCUGGGACGCAAAUCCCCAGCAGUACCCUCCCCCUCCUGAUGCCAUUCGCCCGCCGUCGCCCGCAAUGACAACCCGGACAAGAGGCCAGCGGUCCGAGACUGGGGAGCCCGAGUUCGAGUACAUGUCCGCAGAAGCGGACCCGGAGAUGCAGCACGCAGAGACGGUCGAGGAGGUCGACGAGAUCGGAGACGUGAUGGGACUCCCGCCGGACGACGGACACGGUAAGAGCGGCAAGAAGCGCUUCGUGGGCGGCUUUGUCUCUGGCCUGAAGAAGCUGCCCAGGGCGGUGCUCUGGGGCCGCAAGCACGCUGCGGAGGAAGAGCCACCAUUCCGGACGACCUUUCCCCAGUUCGAGCCCACGCCGCAUAUCAGCAGCAGCUUCGUGCAGAUGGACGUGCCGGUGCCCUCAGAGCCGCGCAUGCCCACGCCCGCUCUGUCCAAGCAUUCGUCACACCGCUCUCGUGUCGAAGGCAACGGCAAUGCCGCGUCCUCGUACGCCCACGGCGACACCGACUCUACCGCCGUCCACCGGGACGCCGGGCCAAGUCGCAUAGUGACAGCUACCACACCCGCCCCCCUCGACCUCGCCUCGCCGAAUCUGCGCCCGACGUCCGACUACGACAAGAUGCCCACUCCCCCGCGCACACCGACCGCGCCGUCGAUCACCUCGUACCUCACGCGUGUGCACCGUUUCCUGAAAGAGCUGAGCAACUUGCCCUGGGUUGCGUCUGCGACGGGACGCGUCGCAGCGGACUACUUUCCCGGCGAGAACCCGCGCAGCAGAUACCUCUACCCGCGCUACCGCGAGCGCGAGGCCAACCGGACGUGGUACACGAGCAAGCACAAGGACGUCGACCUCCUCAGCGGCGAGCGCGACGUCAACUCGCGGCGCACGACGCGCACCACCACCGACACGCGCUACCGCGACCGCGACCGCGAGCCCGCCCACCACCGCUCGCGCACGCACCGCUCGAACACGACGUCGCAGGCGAACCCGCACCGCCGCCCGCGCCGCGCCACGCGGUCGUACACGCUGUCGCACCCGAACACGCGCUCGUUCGCGUCGGGCUCGUACACGCUCUCGCGCGCGACGAGCCCCGGCGGCGUGCCGGUGCCGCCGCUGCCGACGAUCGCCUCGCCCACCGCGUCGCACCUCGCGUUCAUGGACCCGCAGCGCUACGCGCAGGUGUCGUACCCGUACGGGUACACCUACUCGCCGACGUCGCCGCAGCCGAUGUAUCUCAUUCCGGGGCCAAGCCCGCCCAGGCAGGAUGGGCAGGCGCAGGACGGGUCUCAGCAGGGACAAGGGCAGGCGCCGGUGCCGGUGCAGCCCGCGAUGCCGGUGUACCUCGUUGCUGGGCUGCCACCUGGGGCUGUGGGUGCACCGCCAGGUUUUGUGUCUACGAGUCCAAGGCAGCAUGUGAGGAGCGGGACGCCGACUCCGAGGGGUGGCAGUCCCAAAUCCGUGCAGGGAUAG